AUGACAAGCGGCGACGCGAGCUGCUCGGUCAAGGUGACGCCACUCUCGCGGAACGCCUUCCGAGGCCCGCUUCGCGUGGCUGCGGCGGGCGCCAAGUCGGCUGGCCGCUGCACGCACGCCCUCAACAUGCAGGCCGGGGACUGGUCUCGCUGCGACUUUGCGGAGUUCACGAUGAGCGGCACAAGCCCCUGCGGGCGGGUGUUGGACUGCUGUCGUCUGGUGACUGACUUGCGAUGCCGCUUCGCAGGAACCGACAUCUCCAAGUCGAACGCCGACUUCGCGCGCUUCUCCUUUGCCGUCCUGGUCGGCCUGCUCGGCAGCGAGACGUCCUUCCGGGGAGCCUACUUCGAGGGGGCGAUCGCGCGGCGGGCGGUGAACGCAAAGCUCGACGACGCCAAGCUGGCGAACCUCGCCAAUGCCAACGCUCCAAAGGCGUCCUUUAACGGCGCCGACCUCACCACUGCGGACCUGCGCGGAGCGAGCUUCGACGGCGCGAGCCUCAAAGGCGCGCGCCUCCCUCCCGGCGCCGUCCUAUUCGAGGCGGACCUCACCGGCGCGUCGUUCAAGGACGCCGACCUGACGGGCGCCGUGUGGGGCUCCGUCGUCGGCUUCGACACGGCGGACUUUGCGGGCGCGAGGAACGCGCCCUCGCUCCACGCGGUCGAGUGCCAGCAAAAGACCAAGCCCUGCGCCCCGCCAGUGCUGGUGUACGGUUGA